AUGUAUAUCCCCUUUACUGGUCAAGUAAAGGUUCACUCUUUGAUCAUUUACACGGCUCCGACACCUGCCGCCCCGAAGACUCUGAAAUUGUUCAAGAAUCGUGACGAUCUAGAUUUUGCGACUGCUUCAGAGCUGAAGCCAACACAGGCAGUGGAGAUCCCGCAGCCGGUUCCCGGAGCUGAUGUUUUCGAGUUGCCAUUGAACCGCGCUCACUGGAAUGCUACAACCUCCAUUACCUUGUUCUUUGAGGACAACUGGAGCGAUGGGAAUGAGGAUGUGACUAAGGUGGGUUAUGUUGGGUUCAAGGGUCAAUUUAUGGCCUUGAAUAGGGAGCCCGUCAGCUUUCUCUAUGAGGCAGCAGCUAAUCCCAGUGACCACGUCGCAAUUCAAGGCGUAACUGGCGUGGGAGGUAGGAUCAUGUCCGGGCAGUGA